UUGUUUUACUGGCUGCUGUUGGACACGGCUAGAAAACAAAUUUAACAUGAGGUAAACGAAGCAGUGAGGAAGAAAUAGACGGGAUCGGGUAAAAGUUGUGUGGAGUACUUUUAAUAGUUUUAAAGUUUUUUACACGAAUAAAUACAGUUAUCGAGAAUUUUAAAUGACGUGUAGCCUUGACGAUUGUUCACAUGAGGUAAACGAAGCAGUGAGGAAGAAAUAGUGGGGAUCAGUUAGAAGUGUUGUGGAGUACCUUUAAUAGGUUUUAAAUUUUUAAACGAAUAUAUACAGUUAUUGAGAAUUUUAAAUGCCGUAUAAACUUGACGAUUGUCUAAUGGAUAUAUGAGUGGAUGAUUAAUUGCCAUAAAUACAGUUAUCCAGAAUUUGAAAUGUCUAAUGGAUAUAUGAGUACAUGAUUAAUUACCGAUUUUAAUUUUGAAUAUUACUCUAUAAAGAAUGAGUUUAACUUUUAGUGAUUUUAAUUUUAGCAACUUUGAACAAAAAUAAUCUUUCUUGUGUCUUUUGACUGAUGGGAGAUGUCUGAAAUGUGUUUUUAAUUCAAGACAAAUAUUGAUAAAUAUUUUGAUGGUGGAUACAGAUGGUUCAUAAUAUCAGGAAUUUUCAUGAUAAUCAACACAAUUUUACGCCUUAAAGCCUCGAUGAUCGAUAGUCCAGGAUUGAGCUGCAAAGUAUAUCUGCACUGAGAUACCUAUACUUUUCGGGGGUGUAGAAUAAGAAGAAAAAUAGUUUUCACGAUAAUCAGCACCAUUAGAACAUCAUAGUCAGUAUUAAUCUGUACUUUUCGGCCUACGAUAAUUUCCGAGUGUGUUCCAUAGUGUUGAUGGGUAAAGAUUUGUGGUGUAAAGGAAUUAUAAAGGAAGAGUAUUAUUGAGGAUUAGCAAGGAUACAUUCAGUAUUUGUGUCAUUAUAUAGAUGUACAGGUGGACUGGUCGAAUAUUUUGGAAAGGAUAUCAUCAUACCCUAGAUGAAGCAGACGUGUACGAUGUAUUACCGCAAGAUUCAACCGUUAAAUUAUCCAAUAAUCUUGGCAGGGAAUGGGAGAAAGAGUUAUACAGAUGGAAGAAGGGAGGUAGCGUAAGUCUGAUGGCAGCAUUAUGGAGAUGCUAUCGACCACAAAUACUAGCUUUUAUUUUAUUAAUAAUGAUUGAGGAAUGUUUACGAGUUAUACAGGCUGUGUUAAUGGGAUAUUUUAUAAAUAUUUUUGAUGUGGAUUCCAAAUCACCAGACAAGUUACGUUUUCCCGAUGUUUAUAUAUUUGCAACAUUUUUAUGUAUUGUGUGUCUAGUCAAUAUUUUCUUGGAUCAUAAUUUCUUUCACCAUGGAUACCGAAUGAGAGUGGCAGCUACAUCAUUGAUUUAUCGUAAGGUGAUGAAAUUAUCAAGUCAUAUUUUAAGCCCUAAAAUUAUGGAAGAUAUCAUGAACCUGGUCACAAGAGAAAUGGAUGUGUUUCCUAUGGUGGUAUUACCUGCUACAUAUAUUAUUAUAGCACCUGUACAGUUAUUGGUUAUUAGUUAUUUAUUAUGGGACUGGUUACGUCUCGGACCCGUCUGUCUGGCGGGACUUGUUGUUUUGUUAUUGUUGUUUCCGUUACAAAUAUUGAUGGGAAAACUUUCACGUAUUUUGAGACAGAAGACGGAUACCUACACCAAUCAUCGUCUACGUAAAUUACAACUGAUGAUCAGCGGAAUACAUGAGAUUAAAAUGGGCUGCUGGGAAAAAUUCUGUGAGAAAAUUAUCAUGAAUGCCAGACACGAGGAGCAAAGACAUAUGAAGAAAUUAACGAGGCUAUUGAGUUUCAACAGCGCCUUGACGUUGACGGCCGGAAAACUGGUCAUGUUUGUCACCUUCAUGUUAGUACUGGUCACAGGUCGAAAGGUCGUUGCUAUGCAGAUUUUUACAGCUAUGUCGUUGUUUGAAACGUUACGCAUCAGUUUAAGUAUUCUUCUUCCGUCCGGGAUUUUAUUCUUCAGUGAUGCCAUGAAAACAAUCCAUAAAAUACAGGAAAUAUUAAUACUGGAUGAAAGAAACUCUUCAUCAGUACGUAGAGUGGAUUAUCAAGACCUACAAGACAAUAUUGCUGUCAAAUUUACUAAUUAUUUUGCCAGCAAGGAAAAGGGAAUUGAUGCUGCUAUGGUUUUAUCCAAUAUAGAUCUUGAUAUAGAAAAGAAUAAUCUGUAUGCUGUUAUAGGACCAGCUGAAAGUGGAAAGAGUUGUUUGUUAAUGAGUAUAACUGGAGAACUUGAGAGACAAAAAGGACAUUUAUUCCAUCAUGGUCGUCUAGCAUAUGUUCCGUGUCAGCCAUGGUUAUUUCCAGGAACUAUUCGAGAGAAUAUUAUAUUUGGUGCAGAGUUUGGUAGAUAUCGGUAUAAUCAAGUUCUACAAGCUUGUGCCUUACUACAGUUGUUUGAUACGCUGCCACAGAAAGAUUUGACGUUAAUAGGAGAACGAGGAGUUAUUAUAGAUAAUACCAUGCAGGCUAAGAUAACUUUAGCAAGGGCUGUUUAUCAGAAUUGUGAUAUUUAUCUUAUUGACGAUAUAUUGAGUGGAAUGGAUGCCAUGUCGGCAAUGUUGAUAUACAAAAGAUGUAUUUGUGGUAUAUUAAAGAGUAAGACCAGGAUAUUGGUAACAGAUAAUAUGCACCAUGCUAGAGUAGCGGAUAAGUUAAUUGUCAUGUCAGAUGGUAACGUCAAUUAUUGUGGAAAAUUUGAUGAUCUAGAGAAAUGGGGAAUGAACAUCAACAACUUUUUGUCGGCAGGAUUUUAUAAAAAUAUGGAUGUUAGUAAAUUGAUUGAUAUGUCGCCGCCAUUACUAAAUGAAUCUGGAAGCAGUAGCCUAGCAACAUCAGUUCCAUCCAAUCAGGAUACUCUAAAAGACAGUUUAAAUGGUUCAUUGGAAGUGUUACAUCAUGAAGUCAAGGAUCCAUCCGAUGCAUUUUUUGUUGGUGAAACAGAACCAAGCCACCAUUCUACGAUCCCUACAGGCAGCAUUUAUAAACAUUACUUCAUGAUUGGGGGAGGAAUGUGUGGGGUGCUUUUAUUCAUUAUUCUGUCUAUAUUUGAACAGGUAAAGUAGUUGUCUUAUAGAAUUGUAGACUAACAUCACUAUGGCAGUAGACAUUUUACAUCACUGACAUCACCAUGACAAUAGACAUUGUGCAUCACUAACAUCAUAAUCACUAACAUUACCAUGACAAUAUACAUUGUGUAUCACUAACAUCACCAUGACAGAAUAUAUUCUAUAUCACUAACAUCACCAUGACAAUAGAUAUUAUGCAUCACUAACAUCACCAUGACAGUAGAUAUUCUAUAUCACUAACAUCACCAUGACAGUAGACAUUUUAUAUCACUAACAUAACCAUGACAGUAGACAUAAUUAUUACAUCACCAUGACAGUUAGAUAUAUGUAAAGAUCAAAUAAAAUGUAUACCAGGUAUUUAUGACAAUUAUAUGACAUAAAUUUACUCAUUGAUGUGAAGCGUAAAAGUAAGGUGUUAAAUGUCUCUAAAUAUUUGGUGGUUAUUUUGAAACAAUAUAGGGAUUGAUGAACAGGCAUAGUCUAUAUUAUCAGCCCCCUUUCCCUGAACAUGAAACCAUCAAUUGAAUAUUAUGAAUAUUUAGCCUUGACAUGCAAAAAAAAAUACAAAAUUUUUAUAAGAAAGUACAGCCUAAUUUGUUAGUCAUGUCAACUCCUAAAAUGAGAAGUGGUAUCAGGUGUUUUAGAAACAAUUUGUCAGCCAUGUCUACUCCUCAAAUGAGAACUGGUGUCAGAACUUCUAUAAAAAAAGCAAAAUGUCAAAGAGGCUGUUUAUGGCCAUCCCCUUGGCCGUAUUGGAUUUAUAUUACUUGCUUGGUAAGAAUAUUAUUUAAUUAUCAUGGACGUACAAGACAAAGGUAAGUUUGGGUUUUCUUUCCAUUGGCUGGCUUAUAUAUAGUUGGUGCAGAUAUAAUUUUGCAUGGCUGUUUGAGAAAGGUAGUAUUAGUUCAGUACAAGCAGGGCUUUUGUUUUGGUCAUGUUUGACAGUUGUAUAAUUAACUAGGUGGUCAAACUAUCACCACAAUACAAUUAAGUUGAUAAUAACUCUCUCAACCACAAUGUCCCAAACUUUUUAACCCCUGUCUCUGCUUUGAGGCCUGAUGCAUGCAGGGCUACCUUGUUCUUCAGAUGGAAUGAAAAACAAAGUUGGUCUGUGUACAUGUUGGCAUGUAUGUAAAAGAACCCUUGACAGUUGUAAUUUGAUGAAGAUUAGGUGGAAGUUAUCUCCCUUGUACUGCACACAUAACCACUGAAAUUACAAAUCAGAGGCCUGUUAGCGUAGCAGUGAUGUAAAUAUGUGGAUGUGCUGUGUGACUUUUCGUAUAUCUAGGGAGACACCCAGAUUGUUCUGUCUUGUAUUGUCUUGCACUACAACUUGGGUAUCAUAUUUUUGUGCUGUUUUAGUAGGAGUUUCUGUAUUUAAUGUUUAGUUUCAAACAAUUGUUGGAAAACUGUUCAAAUUCGUUGAUUAGAUGAUGUAACUGUUUAAUUUCCCGAGCAGUGUUGAAUAAUUAAUUGAUCUGUUAAUUACUCAACACAUUUUAGGUGGAGUAUUAUUAAAGUCUUCGCCUAAAUAUAUAUAAUUACCUGGUUUACGGUUUUCUGGUGACACCAUUUAACAUAUCAAGCAAUUCACAAAACGGUACCUGUGUACCUCCAGGAACUUGUUCAGGAACAUAUACCCUCAGGAACCAUAGAUCAAAAAAUAAUUUUUAGCUGCAAUUACCAACUUACAAUUUAAAAACUUUUGGAGCAAAAUCAAUUCAUAUCUGACAGCUUCACAUUAGAAUAACCUCCCUACUUAAUUGAAACAGUAUCCAUCCCUUUUAAAUCAUCACUGAAAACUUAUCUGUUCUGACGCUAUGUUCAGUAUUGUGUUGUAAAUGUUGCUGGAAUUGUAGAAAACUGAAUUUGCAUGCGCUACGAGCAUACAGUCAGUGUGGAACAGUGCUAUACAAAUGUUCACAUUAUUAUUAUAGCUAGGCCAGGAAUAAAUGUUUCAGGAGUAAUAAUCUUGUAUUAUCAUAUCAGAAGAAUUAAAACAAAGUAAACUUACUUGUUAAAUUCAGUUACAGAUUUACAACAAUAUAUUUAAAACAUCACAUUUGUUUAUAUUUAUAUUUAACGUGCAAGAAUUAAAUUAGUCAAUUUAUUUUUCAGGGAAGUUUUAUUCUUUGUGAAUGGUGGUUAGCUUAUUGGGCUGAACAAUAUCAAGACAUGAAUACUACAAACCUUGUCAAUACCACCAUAUUUGGACCUGCCAUUUUAUCACUGGAUGCCAGAGUCUAUAUCUAUUUAGGAAUAGUAUUUGUUACCGUGGUGAUUGGUUUUCUUCAAGCAGGAUUAUUUUUCUACAUGGUGCGACGAGCAGCUCAAGUUCUACAUAACAUGGCGCUGAUAUUAUUGAUGCAAGCUCCUAUAUCUUUCUUUGAUAUCAAUGGCAUAGGUGCUGUAUUAAGCAGGUAUUUAAGGGAUGUAUGUAUCGUUGAUGCCCUACCAGCUCUAUUUUUAGAUUGUUUACAGUCAUUUAGUGUUCUGUUUUCAACUAUGUUAGUGGUUGGUGUGACUAACUAUUGGUUGUUUCUGUUGGUUGUACCAUUAACUGUUGCCUUCCUCAUAGCCAGACAUUAUUAUUUACAUUCAACCCAGGAUGUUGAGAGGAUCGAAUUGGCUGCUAAAGGAGCUGUUGGUAGUCAUGUGGUGAGCAGUAUGGAAGGUAUACAGACGUUACGCUCGUUUGGUGUAGAACAGCGUUUCUUACAUAAUUUUGAUGUGAACCAGGAUCGCAGCACCGCAGCCUGUUAUUUACAUCUAGCAGCCAAUCGUUGGUUUGGAAUGAGAGUUGAUUUAAUUGGUUUUCUGUUAAUAGUUGGUGUUGUCAUUGGUUCAAUUCUUGUCGUUAACUAUCAAGGAGCACCAAUACAUUCAAGUGUAAUUGGAUUAUCAUUAUUUUAUGCUCUAAAUUUGCUCAAUGUACAUCAACCUGCCAUGAAGAAAUCAGCUGCUGUUCAUUUUAAGAUGAGUUCCGUGGAGAGAUUAUUUCAAUGUUAUCAGAUCACACCAGAAUUAGAUCUAUCUGAAACAGAUAUUAAACCUUCGUUAAACUGGCCUCAAUAUGGUAUUCUAACACUAGAGGGUGUCACUCUCACACAGACGUCAAAGGGGCCAAAUAUAUUAAAGAGCGUUUGGUGUUGCAUUAGAGCGGAGGAAAAGAUUGGUUUGUUAUUUAAAUCCGCUGCAGAACAGCAGGCGUUUAUCAAUGUUUUAUUUCGGAUGAUAGAUUAUCUGGGUGUUGUACGCAUAGAUGGUGUAGAUAUACAGAAUAUCGCGUUACCACGGUUACGAGAUAAAAUAGCCAUUAUACCACAGAAUCCAACGUUAUUCUUGGGAACAAUUCGACAGAAUCUAGAUCCGAUAGCUCGAUAUACAGAUGCUCAAGUAUGGAGAGUCUUAGAGGAGGUGAAUCUGUCAUCGUUUGUAGAAUCUCUACCACAACGUCUGUAUACAGAUAUAUCUUCUAUAGUUGAUCUCUUUACCGUUGGACAUCGUCAAUUAUUCCGUCUGUGUCGAGCCAUGUUACGACAGAGUAAAAUAGUCAUUUAUGAAGAACCAUCAUCCAGUUUAGAUAACAGAUGUAAUGCUAUAAUAUUGUCCACAUUAAAAACCCGAUUUAGUCGCUGCACCGUAAUUCACAUGUCACAUUUACCAGAUACUGUUGUAGAUUAUGAUAGAGUUAUGAUGGUAUCCGAUGGACGAAUACAGGAAGUGGAUUCUCCGCAUCUGUUACUUCAGAAUAAAAACAGUCAGUUUUAUAAAUUAACGGAGGAACUUGGAUUAUCGCAGAUGGACAAAUUACAGCAGAUUGCCCGCGAUAAAUACGAAAACAAACCGUACAGGUCUCCCCCAAUUAAUCCCGAUGAUUUUGAUGAUAAUAUAGUUCCGAGAUUGGAUAUACGUAGUCCAAACAACAUCAACGUUAUUCCGUCCUUCCAUUCCUCUCGUUUAGUUGGUGUGCUGAACCAUCUGCCAACCAAUAAAUUCUCAACCAAUCGUAUUUGAUUUUUAAACCAGAAAUAAAUUCUCCACCAAUUAGAAUGGAUUUAAAAGUUCUCCACCCAUCAGAAUGGAUUUAAAAGUAGAAAUAAAUUCUCUACCAAUCAACAUGGAUUUAACAAUAGAAAUAAAUUCUCCACGAAACAAAACUGAUUUAACAGAAGAUGUAAAUACUCCACCAAUCAAAAUGGAUUUAUCAGUAGAUGUUAAUUUCUGUUCCAAUCAGAUUGGAUGUACCAGUAACAGAUUUGGUGUGAAAAUGUAUAAUCUGUUAAAAAAGAUUCUCUGUUUUGUAUUUGGUUGAUUCAAAAUAUAUUUUCAUUGACUAUAAUUAUUUUUCUAAUGUGCCAGAUAAAACUAUUAUAUAAAUGGGUUUUUUUAAAACACACAUCAGCUGUAUUAUGUAUCACCAGCAUUGCCAUCAAAUUUGUUGUGCAUUUUGAUGGCAUCUCUUUGGUGUAAAAUAGCCUGGUUGGUGCCAUUAGACACUAUUUCAUUUUAUUUGAUGGUGCCUCAGUAUAUGAAUUCCAAAAACCUAAGCGUAUACCACAAUAAAUAUAAUUAAAGAUGCAUUAUGUAAGAUUUAGAUAAACACACAGUCGUUCUUGCUAGUAGAUAAUGAAAAAUGAAUAUCUUGAAAAUUUCAGUCUUGCUUUUCAAGUGCCAUUGUUACAUUAAUAAUCAAACUCUCAAUUAUCCAUUUGAACUAAAUUAUUAAAUGGCGAUUGUAUUUCAGUCCAUUCAAAAUCACGACCAUGGGGUGAUCUAGAGAGUUGAUUAUGGGCUUGUCAUGUUAAUAAAUGUUAAGACCUGCAAUAGGCAGAUUUAGCUUUUACAUAAUGUAUCUUUAAAUUAAUAGUUUUAGGUGUAAAAACCUUUUUAUAUAUUUUUAAAACAACAUUCAGAUAAUACUACAACAUGUCAUAUUAUUUGAAAAAUAAAUCUUACUAACCAGAGUGAUUAACAAAAUUGAUUUGCAAUGAAAAACGUUUUACUUAUCAGGUUUUAAAAAUGUUUUAAAAAUGCAAAUGGCCUACUUUUAGCAGUGACAAAACAACUAUAACAAUAUUGUCUUCAUUAGCCAGUCAGAGCAGAACAGUAGGAUGUUAAAUUUCAUUUCAUUUUGUUAUUUUCAGUAAUUUUUACAGAAAUAUUUUAAAUGUCAUUUUGAUACCAUGUAAAUAUUUGUAUGAUUAUUUUAUAUUUAUACACAAAAAUAUAAUACAGAAAUCUUU